AUGCGGUGCGUGAUGAAAACGUGCGAGUUACCUAGUUCAGCAAUAAUCAAAUGAAUCAGAUUUGGGAUAUUCGAUACAUACCGUGGACUUCCUGCACGCUGACAGUGCCACUCGGCACAAAUCUAAUUUACUCGACUAUUUUUUCCUGGUAUAGCCUUGAGAAAAGGACGACAAGGUAGACGUGUUUUCUCAUUAUACAAGAUCUGAAUAUCAACGACUGUACCCUCAUGCCAAUCCGACAGAGGGAUAUGCUGCGGCGCGACGCGUGAAGUUGCCGAGAAGUGGCAGUUUCGGGAGAGGAAAUGGAUGUUUCAUUCUGAUUACCUGGUCAAACGUGUUUUAUUGAACUCUUUCGGUUGUGAUUGCCGUUUUGAUCCGUAGACUAGAUUCUCUCCACAUGGACUCAGAAACUGGCAUUCCAGUAGUAAAGAUAAGCUUUACGUUGCUACCAGCUGGUUGCUAAGAAGGGUUAAACUGUAUCUAAAGGGAGUUGGAAAAUCCAGCCUUUCUUCCACACGGAUCAACUCAUUGGGUGGGAGCUGAGAGAGAGACAAGAGUCCCCAGCAAAUCAGGAGCUAAUUGAUUAAAGAGACUUCAUUUGAAUAGGGGGCUGGCGAGGUGCCAAUCGCCUUUCAAAGAGCCCCUGUAUGAUUAAUCGCAAAGCAUUAUUGAUAAUCAUAACAGGACACAUGCGCGGUGGAUGGGCUCGAUUUUCGUAAUUUUGAGAAGAUUUUUUGGUGAUUUUUUAUUCUUUCCUGGCUGAUGUUUGAGCCAGCAUGUCGCGAAGGAAACAAGCGAAGCCGCAGCAUUUCCAGUCGGACCCGCAUCUGGCCUUAUCCGAGCACAAUGGCGACGCAGAGGCCUCCUUGGAAGACACCCCCUGCAAGGAAACGGAUGCCCACGUCUGUGGCAGAUGUUGUGCCGAAUUCUUUGAACUAUCUGAUCUUGAACAACACCAGAAGAAUUGCACUAAGAAUCAAUUAGUUCUGAUUGUGAAUGAGAAUCCAGCCCCCCUUCCGGGACCUUCCCCUUCCGGGACCUUCUCGCCAGGCUCCCCCCCACCUAAUCCUGACGAGCAGAUGAAUGACACAGUUAAUAACGCAGAUCAAGUGGAGGCCUGUGACCUUUUGGAGCAGAACACGCUCAACAAAGAGGAGUCCAUGGAAGUGGAUGUGUCAGGAAUCACCGCUGGAGAUGACGACCGAGGAAGCCAUGUCGAGGGAGGGAGCCCCAUCAACAUCAUCAACAACAGCAGCAACAGCAGCAGCAGCGGUGGUGGUGGUGGUGGCAACAACAUCAACAACAGCAGCAGCAGCAGCAGCAGUCAUGCUGGCUCCUUGGUGGGGAGCUCGGCCCUGUCCACCUCUCUACCUCAGCUGGCCAACCUGACCGAGCUGGGCAACAUCUCCAUGAUCAACAGCAACGUCAUCAUCGAGAACCUGCAGAGCACCAAAGUGGCCGUGGCCCAGUUCUCCCAGGAGAGCCGCACGUCGUCGUCCUCCUCCUCGUCGACCUCCUCGGGGGGUCAGCGGAUGGCCGUGCCGGCGCUCAUGGAGCAGCUCCUGGCCCUGCAGCAGCAGCAGAUCCACCAGCUGCAGCUCAUCGAGCAGAUCCGCCACCAGAUCCUGCUGCUGGCCUCCCAGUCGCCGGAGAUGCAGGCGCCCCCCACCUCGUCCUCCAGCACGCUGGGCUCCUCCAGCACCAGCCCGCUGACCACCCUCAGCUCGCACCUCUCCCAGCAGCUGGCCGCUGCAGCGGGCCUGGCCCAAAGCCUGGCCAGCCAGUCGGCCUCCAUCAGCAGCCUGAAGCAGAUGGCUGGCGCCGCGCAGCUACCUCCGAGCACCUCUGGAGCGGGCGGCGAGGGGUCCCAGGGCAUGGGAGCAUCGGCGGGCAGCAGUGCCCAGCCUGGCGAGAAGCGCCCUGCGGCCACCAGCCUCCACGCUCAGCUCAAUCCCUCCCUGGCGAAGUCGAGCGCGCCUGCGUUCGGGAUCGGUAGCUUGCUCAACUCGGCUACCAACCCACUUCUACCUCAGCCGCCGGCGGGCAACCCCAUGUUCUCCAGCGCCCUGCCCAGCGUGGGCUCCACUGUGGAGGACCUGAACUCGCUGGCGGCGCUGGCAAGGAAAGGCAAGCCGCCCAACGUCUCGUCCUUCGAGCACAAGAGCAGCUCGGAGGAGGCCUUCUUCAAACACAAGUGCAGGUUCUGCGCCAAGGUGUUCGGGAGCGACAGUGCCUUGCAGAUCCACCUGCGCUCGCACACCGGCGAACGGCCGUACAAGUGCAACAUCUGCGGCAACCGCUUCUCCACGCGCGGCAACUUGAAGGUCCACUUCCAGCGCCACAAAGACAAGUACCCUCACAUUCAGAUGAACCCGUAUCCGGUCCCCGAGCACCUGGACAAUAUUCCGACUAGCACUGGCAUUCCCUACGGCAUGUCCAUGCCGCCCGAGAAACCGGUCACCAGUUGGCUGGACAGCAAGCCUGUCCUGUCCACGCUCACCUCCUCGGUGGGCAUGCUGCUCCCGCCGACCAUUCCCAGCCUGCCCCCGUUCAUCAAGAAAGAGGAGAACCACUCUGUCGCCAUCACGAGCCCCACCAGUUCGGCCAAGAGCGACAUGGGCGCCGUGGAGCCCUCUACUAAGAGCAACGAUGGCAUUUCGGAAGAGGGCGAGAGCGCCGCUCUGCCCACCUCAAACGGGAAGAGCGAAGAGAGCAGCCAUUCGUCCAACUUGAUCCGGCUGGCCGUCAGCUCGGCCGGAGACAGCUCCACCGAGUACACCAUGUCCAACAGCCCCCCCAUGGCCACCAAUCCGCUCAUGCCGCUCAUGUCGGAGCAGUUCAAGGCCAAGUUCCCGUUCGGCGGGCUGCUGGACCCGCUGCAGGGCUCCGAGACCUCCAAGCUGCAGCAGCUGGUGGAGAACAUCGACCGCAAGGUGACGGACCCCAACGAGUGCGUCAUCUGCCACCGCGUGCUGAGCUGCCAGAGCGCGCUCAAGAUGCACUACCGCACGCACACGGGCGAGCGGCCCUUCAAGUGCAAGAUCUGCGGCCGGGCGUUCACCACCAAGGGCAACCUGAAGACCCACUACAGCGUGCACCGGGCCAUGCCGCCGCUGCGGGUGCAGCACUCGUGCCCCAUCUGCCAGAAGAAGUUCACCAACGCCGUGGUGCUUCAGCAGCACAUCCGCAUGCACAUGGGCGGGCAGAUCCCCAACACCCCGAUGCCCGACAGCUACUCCGAGACCAUGGGCUCCGACGCCGGCUCGUUCGACGACAGGAACUUCGACGACCUGGAGAACAUGUCCGACGACUACAUGGACGGGAUGGAGGAGGGCCUGGACUGCAGCAGCAUCCCGGACACCCCCAGGUCGGCCGACGCGUCGCAGGACAGCCUGUACAACUCGCCCAACCCACAUGACCAAUCAGGGGGCAACGAGGGCCAGGACAGGGCCAGCCAGCGCGGCUCGACGGAGGACCUGCACAUGGGCAAAACGAAAAUGAGUCUGACCGAGAAUGGCCUGAUGGAGGGUGAUCACCUCACCGACUCCUCGUCCCUGGGAGGCGACAUCGAGAGCCAGAGCGUGGGAAGUCCGGCCGUGUCCGAAUCUACCUCUUCCAUGCAAGCGGCGUCGCCCUCCAGCGCCAUGCCCCAGCACCAUCAGCAGCAGCAUCAGCAUCAGCAGCAGCAUCAGCAGCAUCAGCAGCAGCAUCAGCAGCAGCAUCAUCACAGGAGAUCCCCCAGCCUGGAGGAGAGGCAUCAGAGAGCCAUGUCUCUGGAGCACAUCAGCGCGAGCCUCAUGCAAUCACACAGCGCCGCCGCCGGCCUCGGCGCCCUCGACCUGACCUCCAUGAACUCGUCGAAGGACGCCCUGGGCCUGCUCUUCCCCUUCCGCGACCGCGGCGCCUCCAAGAACACGGCGUGCGACAUCUGCGGCAAGACGUUCGCCUGCCAGAGUGCCUUGGACAUCCACUACCGAAGCCAUACCAAAGAGAGACCGUUCAUUUGCACAGCCUGCAACCGGGGCUUCUCCACCAAGGGGAACCUGAAGCAGCACAUGCUGACCCACCAGAUGCGCGACCUGCCCUCGCAGCUGUUCGAGCCCUCCAACACCAGCCUGUCGUCCAACUCCAGCCCCUCGCUCCUCUCCAUCAGCUCGCUGUCCUCCAUGAUCAAGACGGAGGUCAACGGCUUCCUGCCGAGCUUUAACCACCACCAGCACCAGGACCUGCCCCUGCCCCUGCCCCUGCCCCUGUCCCUACCCUCCAAAGACCUGCCUUCGGGCCUGGUCACCUCCUCGGCCUCCACGUCCCCGGUCCUGCCGUCUGCCCCGCCGCGCCGGACGCCCAAACAGCACUACUGUAACACCUGCGGGAAGAUGUUCUCGUCCUCGAGCGCGCUCCAGAUCCACGAGAGGACCCACACCGGAGAGAAGCCUUUCGCCUGCACCAUCUGCGGCCGCGCGUUCACCACCAAAGGAAAUCUUAAGGUCCACAUGGGCACACACAUGUGGAACAGCGCCCCUGCCAGGCGCGGCCGCCGACUGUCUGUGGACGGCCCCAUGGCUUUCCUCGGGCCCAACCCGGUCAAGUUCCCCGAGAUCUUCCAGAAGGACUUAACGCCCCGGGCUGGCAACGGGGACCCGGCCAGCUUCUGGAACCAGUACGCCGCCGCCUUCUCCAACGGCCUGGCCAUGAAGACCAACGAGAUCUCGGUCAUCCAGAACGGCGGCCUGCCGCCCUCCCUGUCGGGGAGCGUGGGUAAUGGCGGUAGCUCGCCCGUGGGAGGCCUGACGGGCAGCCUGGAGAAGCUGCACAACACCGAGCCUGGCGCCGCCCUGGCUGGCCUCGAGAAGAUGGCAAACACGGAGAACGGGACCCACUUCCGAUUCACACGAUUCAUGGAGGACAACAAAGAGAUUGUCACCAACUAGAGAAUGAGACUUGUCAUGAUCCGCAUAAGUAUUCUCACACACACACACACACACACCACACACUUGUGCACACACACUCACACCACACACUUACACACACACAAACACAGGAUUAUUUACAUAGAUGCACAGAAGGAGAACAAAAGAAGGAGUUUAAACCACCGAUCUGGCUUGCCAUUGAAAACUUUAUGAACAUGAGUGUGAAGAGAACUUGUUUUUUUGUACAAUGUACAACCUGUUAUAGUUUUAAAGGAGCUUAUUUAUUAGUGAGUAUAACCUUGCUCGGAACCAAGUGGAAGCAUUAACAGUUACUUAGGUUUUUUUUCUCUCUUCUUCGCCCGAAUGGACCUGUAUGAGUGCUUACAAUGUGCUUUUGGAACUUAGUAUAUCUGGGUAGAAUACUUUACCUUGGCAUUAAAUUAUUUUCUAUCUGUAGUAUAUAUAACAAAAAUGUUGAUGUUCAUGUAAUGCAUUAGAUCUUGAAUAAGCAAAACAAAAGUGGUUGUAAAUAACUGAUCUGUGCUAGAUGGUCAAUCAGUUGUGUAUUAACUUUUCCUCCAUGAAAAAAAAAAACUUCAGGCAAGGGACUAACAAGUUUAGUCCUACAACCAACUGUUCUUGCUCUUUUAUUUAAGAGAAAAAUAACUGCAUUUCAGUCCUUCCUUUUAGAGUUAAUACAUUUUGUUCUUAAAUGUUCACUGUAUAGUGCUUUUUAUUCUAUGUUCAGUUUUUUGUUUUGUUCCUUUAAACCUUUUGGCUUACUGGCUGUAAACUUAAAUGCGGGACAGUUGUUAGUGAAGAGAAGAAUUCCAAGAAAGGUCUCCAUCCUGGUCUGAACUGCAGAUGCCUUGUGGGUGUGAUUCUUAUUGUGUUAACGUGCUGGAUUCCAUGUUGCUGCUAUAUACUUAAGCAUCCCCAUUGACAUCAAAUGCAAAAUGUGUAGAUGCGCUCUGUAAAUAAUAUCAGAUGUGGAACAACAAAUUCCAUCACACAACAAAUGUACAUAUUGCUCACAAGACAACGUCCAUCUUGGCCAGGGGACAAAUAAUAGUGUUUUUAUAAAUAUAAAUAUAUAUUAGGUUUGAAAACCAUUGGACUGUUACAUGCACUUUCUUGGAAAGUUGGAAAGAUCUUUAUGGGUCCAGUUUCUCUACACUUUAAUACUUACUAACAUCUAAGAUACUGUAAUUCUUUACUCUAAUAAUCAAAUACAUCAGUUUUCCAAAAGAACGCAAAUGUGUGGUCGUGGUAUUUCUUCCUUUUCAUAUUUAUUUAUUUAUGAUUUUAUGCUACUUGUAUGGUUACAAGUCCACUUUGUCUGAUCAUUAGGUUGUCUUUUUUUUCUCUUUUUUGCUUGAACAUUACAUGGUGGCUUGUUUGGAUGCAUAGUUUUAUAUGUGUAUUUCAGUGUGACACAAACUUGUAAGUUAAGUAGCCUAUGCAUUAGGCAACCAUCUUUUUGCAGAUAAAAGUGUGUUGAAAACA